UCCUAAUUGUGCUAUUGCAUAUAGAUGAGUUGGCAGGUGGUUCGAGCUAAGACAUUGAUUCAUAAAUGCCAAAGAGGCCUUUCGUUGGCUGCCGUCUGAUGCAAGAACAGGUGGACCAAAGCAAUCCAAGAAUUCAAUUUGCAACUUCGCAGGUACCGAAAUCUCGAUCCGCAGGCAAAGAGUGGGACGGCUUUUUCCUCCACAUUCCUCACGACAUUCUUUACUAUUUAGCAGGGGAGAAAAAAGAGAGUGACUGCUGGGAAUGUUUAAAUACUUCCAGAAACAUUUCACGCUGCACUGGACCGAAUGCAAGAGACGGAGGUCAAGACUGGUGUCAAAAGAUGGAAGGUGUAACAUAGAAUUUGGGAAUGUCGAAGAAGAGUCGAGAUUUGUUUUCUUGAUCGACAUCUGGACCACCAUCCUGGAUCUCAGGUGGAGGUAUAAGAUGACCAUCUUUAUUUCAGCUUUCUUGGGAAGCUGGUUCUUAUUUGGUCUUCUUUGGUAUGUGGUGGCCUACAUCCAUCAAGAUCUGCCAGAGUUCAGCCCUUCUAUAAAUCACACACCAUGUGUAGAUAACAUCAAUGGUUUGACCUCAGCUUUCCUCUUCUCCUUGGAGACCCAGGUCACUAUUGGCUAUGGGUUCAGGUGUGUUACGGAACAGUGUGCCACCGCCAUUUUUCUUCUCAUCUUUCAAUCUAUCCUAGGAGUUAUCAUCAACUCCUUCAUGUGUGGGGCCAUUCUGGCCAAAAUCUCCAGACCCAAAAAGAGAGCAAAAACGAUCACCUUUAGCAAAAAUGCUGUGAUUAGUAAACGAGGUGGAAAACUCUGUCUUCUCAUCCGGGUGGCCAACCUCAGGAAAAGUCUGCUGAUUGGAAGUCAUAUCUACGGCAAACUCUUGAAAACCACCAUCACACCUGAAGGAGAGACGAUCAUCUUGGAUCAAGUCAACAUCCAUUUUAUGGUUGAUGCGGGCAAUGAGAACCUUUUCUUCAUCUGCCCCUUGACGAUUUACCAUGUCAUCGACAAGCACAGUCCCUUCUUUCACAUGUCAGCCGAUACCCUCUCUCAACAUGACUUUGAGCUGGUGGUGUUUCUAGACGGGACCGUAGAAUCCACCAGCGCGACUUGCCAAGUACGGACAUCUUACAUUGCUGAAGAGGUCCUGUGGGGUUAUCGCUUUGCCCCCAUUGUUUCGAAGACCAAAGAAGGGAAAUACAGGGUGGACUUUCACAACUUCAGCAAAACUGUGGAAGUAGAAACUCCACAUUGUGCGUUUUGCCUCUACAACGAGAAGGACGCGAAAGCCAAGGCAAAGAUGGGAUUAGACAACCCUGCCUUUGUGUUCCAGGAAGUUAGUGAAUCCAGUGAGACAAAGAUGUGACUUUAUUGUACUGUGGGACUUGUGUGUGUGCUUGCUUUUUGAAAUGCCUGGGAUGUGCCAGGAAUACCAAAUUAUUUUCUGUUGGGGGAAAAAAAUGAACUGGUUUGUUUUGUUGAUCAUAGAAAUUGGGAUCCAACUAGAAAAGACUAUGAAGUACCUUGUUUUCCCAAAAAUAAGACAUCCCCUGAUAAUAAGCCCAAUCAGGCUUUUGAGUGCAUGCGCUAAAAUAAGCCCUCCCUGAAAAUAUUUAAAUACAGAGCUGGAAAUCAGGUAAGAUGGCAAGAGGAGCCCCAUCUUGCUCCACGCACCCCAAAAUAAUAAGACCACCCGGAAAAUAAGGCCAAGCGCUUAUUUUGGGGUUCAAAAAAUAUAAGCCUCGGUGGCGCAGCAGACUAAAGCACUGUUAAGUAACACCAGCUGCCUGCAAUUACUGCAAGUUCAAAGGUUGACUCAGCCUUCCAUCCUUUCGAGGUAGGUAAAAUGAGGACCCGGUUUGUGGGGGCAAUAAGCUGACUUUGUAUAAAAAAAGAACACCGCUUGUGGGGGGGGGGCGAAAGCCCUACUAAGCAGGUAUAUACAAAAGUAUGAAGGCUAUUGCUUAACGCAUUGUAAGCCGCCCUGAGUCUCCGGAGAAGGGCGGCAUAUAAAUCGAACCAAUAAAUAAAUAAAGACAGGGUCUUAUUUUCGGGAAAACAUGGUAGUAAUUCCCCAAAUAUCAUAUAAUGUGCCAAUAGGUCAAAGGACUUACACUGUAAUAUUGGUUAACAAGAAAAAGAUUCUGUCUUGAGCGAUGGGGAGAAAGUGGAAAAUGUAUUGUUGGCUGGAUAAUAAGUGGAUUUAAAAUUAAAUAAUUAUCAUG